UAAGGUAGACAUGGGAUCCGAAGCAGAAGUAGAAGUAGAAGUGAGGGAAGAAGCAAGAAAAAGGAGAAUAAGGAGGUCCACAGCACCACAGAAGCUCUCCCUCUUCUCACUUCCAGUCCCACAGCAGUCCUCAGAUCCUUCAGGCAUGUUGACUCCACCAUUCCGACCCCCUGCUUCCGUUCCUUUCCUUUGGGAAGAAGCACCUGGCAAGCCCCUUCUUACUUCCAACUCCUCUUCCUCCUCUUCCUCCUCUUCUGCCAUCGCCAGAUGCUUGGAGCUUCCCCCACGCCUUCAGUUGACAGAGGCUUCCAACAACACGCCUUCCCCUACCACCGUUCUUGACGGGCCUUACGUUCGUCGCUCCUCAUCCUUCACUUCUCCCUCCGUUGACAGAGACCCUCCUCCAUUACAAGGGUCUUUUCGCCGAGGAACUGGAAGCCCUGAAGAUAGUGAUGGUGUUGAUGGGAUUCCCCAGCUUGGUUCUUUGUUUCAUAGUAAGAGAAGAGAUGUCAGAAGCUGCAGCGGCAGAGGGUACUUUGGUUUUUCCCUGAGGAAGGCCUUCUUCUCCUCUUCCUCUUCCUCCUUCAAUUCCAAGCCGAAUCAGGAUGUGGGUGGUGAAGGAAAUUCAAUUUCAAAGGUGAAGAUUUCCAGGAUCAGGAGCACUGGGAGCUUCUUUAGCCUCUCACGGACCAAAUCAUCUCACGUAUGGGCAAGCAUUUAUGAAGGGUUUAAGCAGGUGGUCCCAUGGAGGAAUAAGAUGACGAAGAAAGAUGGACUUGUAGAUUGAUCAACCGAGAGAGAAGCUGCAGUGAUAAGCACCUAAAGGCUACAAUCAUCUUCUUCCUCAACCCCACUCACUUCCUUGUUGAAUUUUCAGUCUUCUUUAUGUAAAUAUGAGAAUUCCCAUAGAACCAAAGCUAAUACAGUCCCCAAUAAUCAUCUGAUAAUGGUCGCCAACCCAUCAUCAUCGUUUUCCAUGUGGGAUUUUUAUUAGUAAUUUAUAGCUAAAAGAGUUGACUGGUGAUUGGUU